AAAAAGCAAAGAAAAUUAGAGAGAGAGGCAGAGAAGAAAAAGGACAGACACGGCAAAUGGCGACCUAGCUCGCCAAUUCAAUUACUGCUGCCACCCAACAAAACCCGGAGAGAGAGAGAGAGAGAGAGAGAGAGGGCAGAGGAAGAAAAGCAGAAGUGUCUGCAGUCGCCUCCCCGCCAUUGAUAUUUGAUCAUCAUCCUCUGAGCUCCUCCCUCUCCGUUUCUCUUUUCUCUCCUCCGAUUUCUUCUUCCGUUGCCAGGUGAUUCUUUCUUAUCCCAACUCGGCUGCCGUUCCUGCGUCUUUGUGCUUGCCAGUUUUGCAGUAUCUUUGGCUGGCCGCGCGCAAGAAUUCCCCUUGACCUACUCCUCCAAUCUUCCUCUCCCACUCUGUUUUCAUCAUCUUCUUCGUCUCGUUUGAUUGAUUGACUGAAUCGCAACAUAGUCAUGUCUGGCUUGUACGCCCACAAUUUCUCACCAUCUACUGCAACUCCACCGCCAUCUGCCGCCGCCGCCGCUUCACCUCAUCAUCAUCUUCCUCAUCACCACCAUCACCUUCCUAAUCUUGAUAACAUCUCCAGUGUUCAGCAGCGACAGUUUUUGGCAGAGCUGUUGGAAGAGCACGACAAGCUCGGCCCUUUCAUGGAGGUCCUUCCAAUCUCCACCCGCCUUCUGAAUCAAGAGAUAUUAAGGGUUUCUGGAAUUGUCCCCAGCCAGCACCAGGGGCUCAGCCUCUAUGGAACGCUUCAGCAUCGCCCGUCCUUAAGCCCUCGCCUGAGUGACGAAUCUUCAUGGAAUUCCCUGCCUCGCCAGCGAUUGGGAGCAGAAGGGGUGAAUAUGGACUGGCAAGCUGCACCAACGAGCCCAAAUUCUUAUAUCGUGAAGAAGAUAUUACGUUUGGAUAUUCCGGUCGAUAAUUUUCCAAAUUUCAAUUUUGUAGGUCGCCUCCUGGGGCCUAGGGGGAACUCACUAAAGCGCGUGGAAGCCACAACUGGUUGCCGUGUCUACAUUAGAGGAAAGGGCUCGAUAAAGGAUGCUGAGAAGGAGGAUGCAUUGAGGGGGAGACCAGGAUAUGAGCAUUUGAGCGAGCCUCUUCACAUUUUAAUCGAGGCUGAAUUACCAGUUAAUAUCGUGGACAUGCGAUUGAGACAAGCCAGGGAGAUCAUAGAAGAAGUGCUUAGACCUGUGGAAGAGGCGCAGGAUCUGUAUAAGAGACAACAACUGAGGGAGCUAGCACUGCUCAACUCCAGUCACAGGGAAGAAAGCCCUGGACCAAGUGGUGGUAGCGUCUCUCCUUUCUCGUCAAAUAUUAUUGGAAUGAAGCGUGCUAAAAUGGGUCAGUAGUGUUUGCUGUGACCGAACUUGAUUGCUAUCGCCAAGAUACUCGGUCAUUCAUCAUCGAAUGUUAUUGCCAAUUGAGCUGUCUAUUCUUGUGUCUAUAUCAUAUGGUUUUGGAGGGGCGAAUAAUGCUUUGUUCAUGCUGUGGUGUUAAUGUUAUUUUUGGGAAGCUAGAGAUAGGUUACAGAUUACAACUGGGGAAACAUAAAACAUUGGCGAGGGAGUUUGUGGUUGGGAAUAGGAAAUUGAGGCUAUAGGAAUUCUUUUUUAUUUGAUUUGCAUAUACUGCUGUUGCUGGUGAGCAAUUAUUUGGAUUGAUUUCAGUAAGUGAAAAAGUUAUCUUGUUAUUCUUUUGUUUGAAGGUUUGGAUUAACAAUUAUGUUGGAUUGCAGCACAAUUCUUACUCGUAGGAAACCCUUGCCUCUAAAGUAGUUGUGUAAGUGGUAGAUUUGGUACCAGAGCCGACAGCUAUACCCGGCAGGGCAACGGCAUGACUGAUUCUAAAUCUGGGAAUUCUCUACUCUUUGGCUGCAACCAUCGACAUUGCCCUCUGCCACACAAGGUUGUCAAACCGGUGAAGCAGGUGAUAUGAUAUGACCGAUAAUACAAUCUGUUUAUUCUGGGUUUUAAUAAAAAUACAUGGAUAAGUGAAAAAAAAACCCCAUAAACCUAAUCAAUUAAUUCGGAAAAAUCAAUUAUACGAGUUAAUUCACAAAAUAAUUUAAUUUAUCUUUAGAAAUUACCAAUUGAUAGUAAAUAAUUAAGAGAUAAAAAUAAAAUAUGUAAAAUAAAUGUAUUCAUGUUUACAUUAAUUUGUGUAAGUAUAGCAUUAGUUAGAUAAUAUAUAAGGUUUAUAAGUAUCACAAAAUUCAUUGUAGCUUAUUGGUAUACAAUUGAAGCUAUUAAACACUAGUUUCUUAACUGGCCUGUUGGCUGAAGAAUUUAAUUUUAUCAAUUAUAUAAGUCAAUUUAUCUAUAUAUUUAAAAUCUUGUGUAUCUUGUAGAUAUUUUAUGCUCUUUGCUUCAUUCGUGAGUAUGCGGUAUGUCUACGUUGAAAAUUAUUAAUACUUAGUAGUUAGCACAUUCGCUUAUUAUGAUGUUUUGAUUCUCUAAUCAUAAAUCUUGCCAUGAAGGUUUAUCACACCCAUUUACAAUUGUAUAUCGAAAUUUGUCAAUCAAGACACUUAAAUUUGUUUUUUUAUGGUUCACUCAAAUUUGUUAUCUUAUACAACAGAUAUCAAUUUGUGAUUCUCUCGAGUUUAGACUAACUCUCAACCAAUUAUUUAGAGUUCAGAUUAUUGUAUAAAGAUACAUGAUUAUUGAGUCACUUUUGUUUCUCCCAAUUUGAUCUUGAAACUCAUUGUACUCCUUAUGAUGGUUAAAUUUUCUAAUAUUCACUUAUUUGCGUUGUCGAUGUUCAUGAAGUCUCGGUAUAGGGUCCUAUGAUAAAAUUUGUCUAUCAAGACACUCAAAUUUAGUAUGUUGUACAUAUGGGGUGGAGGUUCGGUUAACGAUUACUAGUAAAUCGGUCUGUUAAAUCGAUAAUCGGUCGGUUAUCCACUAAUCAGUAAUUGAUAUAACCGAAAUUUGGUCAGUUUUCGGAGGCUGGACGAGAUGGUUUUGGUCUUGGAGGCGGCACGGUUAACCGAUAACCAAGAUAACCGAGAUAAUCGAAGCCUAUUUUGGUCGAUUGUUGGUUGGGGGGGGGGGGAUCGACCUUUCGAUUAACCAAUAAUCUACCGAUCGAUUAUCGGUUAUAACCGAAAGUAAUCGAUCGCCAUCCCUAGUUAUACAAUAUAUAUCAAUUUUUUAUUUUUGAAGCUUGGACUAACCCUCAACCCAUGGUCAUGGUGGUUGUCUAAAUAUUGGCUUAGAAUCUCAAUCAAAUACACUCACCUAC